AUGUCCCGCCGCAAGGCCGGCUGCAUGCCCCGCCGAAUAGACCCUGCGCCCGCCACCAACUCAGACGACGAGAUGGAGAUGGGGAACCUCGUCAUCGAUGUGAAGCCCGAGUCGGACGCGCGGCCCCUACAGGCCCCGGGGCUGGGGCCCUUCAACCUGAAGGAAGUGCCCGCGCCGGGGCGGCUCGAGGGCGAACCCCGUCACUCCCCCGGCCCCGUGCUCGCCGGCGGCCUCCUCCAUGCCCUUGGCCUGCGCAGCCAGUGGGCGCAGUGGACGCCGCUGACCCCGAACCCUCAUGACCGCCAGCCGUGGACCGACAAACACCCAGAUCUGUUGACCUGCGGCCGCUGCCUGCAGACCUUCCCGUUGGAGGCCAUCAUUGCUUUCAUGGACCACAAGAAGCUGGGCUGUCAGCUCCUUAAAGGCCCCAGCCCCUGCCAGGGCUCAGAACACGAGGCCCUGAAGGCCUUGAGUUGCCUCCGCUGCGGCCGACAGUUCACUGGGGCCUGGAAACUGCUGCGCCAUGCCCAGUGGGACCACGGACUGUCCAUCUACCAGACGGAACCCGAGGCCCCAGAGGCCCCACUGCUGGGCCUGGCUGAAGUGGCCGCAGCCGUGUCGGCGGUGGCAGGGCAGGAAGCUGAGGCCAAGGGCCCCAGAGGAGGGCUUACCCGGCGAAGCCCCACCUGCCCCGUGUGCACGAAGACCCUCAGCUCCUUCAGCAACCUCAAGGUGCACAUGCGCUCGCACACGGGCGAGCGGCCCUACGCCUGUGACCAGUGUCCCUACGCCUGCGCCCAGAGCAGCAAGCUCAACCGCCACAAGAAGACCCAUCGGCAGCUGCAGCCUCAGAGCCCCUGCGAGGCCGAUGCUAGUGAGGAGCGGGCCUCCACCGCCCCUCCAGAGCCGGCUGCCCAUGCAGCAGCCCCGGCCAGCACCCUCCGGAGCGGCGGUGGAGAGGGGGCUGGAGCCGCCGCCACGGCCGGUGUCCAAGAACCCGGGGCUCCCGGCGGUGGGGCUCAGGCAGGUCCCAGCGGGGACAGCUGGGGAGCUGCCAGCAAGGAGCAGAGAACUGAGCCCGCCAAAAGCCAGAUGUCACCCAAGAAGCUGUCCAAGCCGGCGGGCAAGAGCCGGGGGCUGGGGCCCGGGGGCAGCUGCGAGUACUGCGGGAAGCACUUCACCAACAGCAGCAACCUGACGGUGCACCGGCGCUCGCACACGGGCGAGCGGCCCUAUGUCUGCGAGCUCUGCUCCUACGCCUGUGCCCAGAGCAGCAAGCUCAACCGCCACCGCCGCAUGCACGGCCUCGGGCCCGGCAGCCCCCGCUUCGAGUGCCCCCACUGCUGUGUGCCCUUCGGCCUGCGCGCCACCCUGGACAAGCACCUGCGGCAGAAGCACCCCGAGGUGGGUGGGGAGGCCUGAGCUGCAAGGAUGCCCUCCCUGCUGUCCUCGCUGUUGACUGCUUCUGUGACCUCCUUGUCCUUCCCCCGCGAGUAAACGCUCCCUUCCCCCAGUUA